AGCCACCACCGCCACAGCACAGUCGCGAAUUGACAACAAAAUUACGCGAUAAACAAACCGAAUUUGCUGUUCGAAAUGAGCGCAUCGACGAGCACGUCGGCGACGGCGUCCCAGGACGCCUGUUACAUAUCGCUAUUGGGUCUGGCGGAGUACUUCCGCACCUCGCAGCCGCCGAACAUCAAGAAGUGCAUCCAGUGCUUGCAGGCGCUCUUCACAUUCAUGCCGCCCUCGAAGGUCGAGGCGCGCACCCACUUGCAGAUGGGCCAAAUCCUUAUGGCCUACACCAAGAAUAUCGACCUGGCGCGCAAUCACCUGGAGAAGGCGUGGAGCAUAUCCGAGCCGCUGGCCAACUUCGACGUGAAGUUCGACACCGCCUCCCUGCUGGCCCAGUUGCAUCUGCAGACGGACAUGAACUCGCACCAGGCCAAGGUGAUGUUGAGACGGGCCGUGGAACUGUCGCAACACAACGUCUACUGGCACUGCAAGCUCCUCCUCCAGUUGGCCCAAAUCCACGCCAGCGACCGCGAGUACUCGGCGGCAUCCGAACUGUUGGCCGUGGGGGCGGAAAGUGCCGACGAGGCGAGCGCCACGUACCUGAAAGUGUUGUUCCUGCUCUCGCGCGCCAUGAUCCUCAUGAUCGAGCGCAAGACGAACGAUGUACUCGCCCUGCUCAACUCCGCCGGCCAGAUUAUCGACAACAACAUACCCAAUCCGCACCAGAAGGAGUACCUGAAGGUGUUCUUUUUGGUGCUGCAGGUGUGCUACUAUCUGGCCCUGGGGCAGGUGAAGACGGUGAAGCCCAGUCUCAAGCAACUGCAGAUGUCCAUACAGACGAUAAUGGCACCCAACUGGCCCUCGGAUGAGGCGAUUUUCGGUGCCAAUCAGCUGGAGAUGUUCGUGUGGCUGCCCAAGGAGCAGCUUUAUGUCCUCGUAUACCUGGUAACCGUUUCGCACUCCAUGAUGGCGGGUUACAUGGACAAGGCACAGAAGUAUACGGAAAAGGCACUAACCCAGAUCGAGAAGCUGAAGCAGCAGGAGGACAAGCCUAUUCUCUCCGUUUUCAAGGUGAUCCUGCUGGAGCAUAUUGUGAUGUGCCGCAUGGUGAUGGGCAACCGGGAACUGGCCAUCCGAGAAAUAGCCGCCGCGAGAGAUGUUUGCCUGGCUGCUCCGCAACGCAGCCUCCUGCGGCGCCACUCGGCCCAGUUGCACUGUCUCAUCGGCCUGUACUCCAUGUCCACCAGUUUCUUCGAACACGCCGAGCGGCAGUUUCUUGUGUGCGUGAGCGAGACCACCGAGCGGGACCUGAAACUAUUCGCCAACCUCAACCUGGCAAUCAUCUACCUGCGCACCAAGCGGGACACGGACCUCAAGCAGAUUCUGGAUGCAGUGUCCACGGAGAACACGCACACGUACAGCAGCCAAGCGUUGAUGGGAGGAUUUUACUACGUCCAGGGUCUGCACGCCUUCCACAAGAACAGCUUCCACGAGGCCAAACGAUUCCUUCGCGAAACCCUGAAGAUGGCAAACGCUGAAGACCUGAACCGACUGACCAGCUGCUCGCUGGUUCUGCUAUCGCACGUCUUUCUCAGCAUCGGAAACUCAAAGGAGAGUAUGAACAUGGUGACGCCGGCCAUGCAACUGGCCAGUAAGAUACCCGACAUCCACGUCCAACUGUGGGGAUCGGCAAUACUCAAGGACCUGCAUCGUAUGUCCAAGGAUGUGCAGCACGAGAAGGAUGCUUAUGCCAACCACGUGAAAUACUCGGAGAACCUGAUUGCCGACCAGCGCAAGUGCGUCCAGAGUGCGCACCACGAGCUGGUGAACUGGUUUCAGGGCGAUCCGCCCGUGACGAGCGGUCCGCCUGCCGCCGCCAUCCUGCUCCUGCCCGAAUCCUCCGUCGCAGCCUCAGCCGGUGCCAUUGCCUCCACGUCGGCGGCCAUGCAACCCGCGGGGCAGUACGGCCAGUUCUACUAGCAAUGAGGCGAUGAUGCAAUUUACCAUUUAAGCUUUUAUUUGUAAUCUACAAUCUAGCGACUAAGUUAAAACUAAAGAUGUUCUAAAGUUGUGAAUUUUGUCAUAAACAGUGUUCCCAAGGGGAAGAGUAGACGGAAAUGUAA